AAGGUCGAUAGCGUAACGGUCGGGAUAACAGGCGUGGUCGCUUGAACACGAGCGUCUGACCUUUAAAAGGUCCAGAGCCCUCGGAGCCUUUGCCUGGCUGCCGAGUCCUCGUGGUGGGCACGUCAGUGGCCGUGACGAUCAUCUGAGGGGUGUCCACCUUCUCUAACAACCAAACGUUCCACAGCCAACCUCAUCUCUCGUCCUGCACCAUUCACAAGUCACUCGAUUGUAUAUGAUUGUGCCACUGGCGCGUCGCCAUGCCCCGGUUCAACAUGUCGCGAUCUUUACCAAGCCUGUUGGUCCUGGCACUGCAUACCCUCGCUGUGCGAGCGGCAUGCUAUAAUCGAGAUGGCAGCCCAGCAAGCAGCGGAUACAAACAGUGUCCCGGUCAGAAUUUCUGCUGCAACGAUGAUCAGAAGUGUACAGCCAGCGGCGUCUGUCAAGCAGCGGGCAACAAUCUUCCAGACACAAGUUCACCGUUCACAUAUCUCUACACAAGCCCGGCAUGCGUAAAUGCAGAUUUCUCUGGUUGCCAAACACAAUGCACAUCAAAAUCUGUCGCCAAAGUCGCUCCCAUUUGGGCAUGUAAUUCGGGAUUGACCAACUACUGCUGUCACGUCUCUAACGCUCCGUUCGUUGACCCUCAAAGUUGUUGUAAGGAUACGGGCGCACUCUUCCAGUUGCCUCAAGCUGUAGUCAUCCCUUGGGAUAGCGGCGUAUUUGUCGCAUCGGUAGCUCCAGCAUCAUCCCCGAACGCAUCCCCCACAUCAAAUGCCGCGACAUCAGCAAAUACAUCACCAUCCUCGACAAAUUCUCUAUCAGCCUCAACCACCACGGCUGCAGCAUCCUCAGCGAACACCGCCACCACAUCUUCCAACGCUUCAACGGCUUCAACGGCUCUUUCAACAACAUCUCCUUCUCCUUCUCCUGCAACUUCCACCUCAGGAACCACACUCACAACCAUUCCAUCAGCAGCCACCGCCUCAGCAGCCAUUGCCGCUUCAGCAGCUGCAACAUCCGCUGCACCGGGAGCAACGAAUGGGAUGACCUCGGGCACCCAAAUAGGGAUUGGUGUUGGCGUAGCAGUCGGCACUUUCUUUCUCAUCAUCCUCGCCGUUCUUUUCUGGCGCGUACAUUCUCUCCAAGGCCUCCUACGAAAAGACGGCUCUGGACCCAUCGAUUUCCGACAACGGGGAGUGGGCUACGAGCCUGCGCCGAAUUAUGAUGAAGCAUAUCCCAUGUCAAGGACCGAGAAAUCACCAGCGGCGAUCACCAGAGCUAUGGCGCCCGUGGAGGCGGACUCAGCGCGACAGAUCCAUGAGAUGCCAUCGCAUUGUGGGAAAUAGGAGUUGCCUUCGCAUGAUCUCAGAAAGGACUUCCUCGGGCAUCAAAGGAGGCCGGACUUGCCCUGAGAGGCGUAUGACGGCACCUAAAUCCAUAUCAG